UUAUUCAAGCUAGGGCCUGCUGAAUCUUUAUGCAUAUCUGAAGCUUCUGAAGCCAAUAAAGAGAAAUCAUAUUCACGAGGAAUCUCCAUUCAAUUUAGAAACGAGGAGGAAAGUAGGGCCUUCCAUUGUACAUUUGAGCAAUGGAAGAAGGAAGUGGUUGUUCAAGAAAGUCCUUUGAUAAAUGGAGUAGUAUUAACUUCGAAAAGCAAAUUUGACGACAAAAUCGAGGCAUCUUCUGCCAAAAUGUACUUUCACUAUUAUGGGCAGCUAUUGCAUCAGCAGAAUAUGUUGCAGGAUUUUGUAAGAACAGGAACCUAUUAUUCUGCUGUAAUUGAGAACCGUGUUGAUUUUAUUGGUCGCGUAGUGGUUGAUGUUGGUGCUGGUAGUGGCAUUUUGUCGUUAUUUGCAGCUCAGGCUGGUGCAAAGCAUGUUUAUGCCAUAGAGGCGUCUGAAAUGGCUGACUAUGCAAGAAGACUUAUUGCUGGAAAUCCAAUACUGAGUGAAAAGAUUACAGUAAUCAAAGGAAAGGUCGAAGACGUAGAGUUACCUGAGAAAGCUGAUAUUUUGAUCUCUGAGCCAAUGGGUACGUUGUUAGUUAAUGAAAGAAUGUUGGAGUCGUAUGUUAUUGCAAGAGACAGAUUUCUUGUUCAAAAUGGAAAAAUGUUUCCUGGCGUCGGAAGAAUACACAUGGCACCAUUUAGUGACGAAUAUUUGUAUAUGGAAAUAGCAAAUAAGGCUACCUUUUGGCAGCAGCAAAACUACUUUGGGGUUGAUUUGACACCAUUGCACGGAUCUGCUUACCAAGGAUACUUUUCUCAGCCAGUUGUUGAUGCUUUCGAUUCUAGAUUAUUGGUAGCCCCUGCAGUGUCCCAUGUGAUAAACUUCACUUCUGUAAAGGAAGAAGAUCUAUAUGAAAUCGAUGUCCCAUUGAGAUUUUUCUCUGCCGUUAGCACUAGAAUUCAUGGGCUGGCAUGCUGGUUUGAUGUACUUUUUAAUGGAAGCACCGUGCAAAGAUGGCUGACCACUGCUCCCAGUGCACCAACAACUCACUGGUAUCAGCUUCGGUGUGUCUUACCACAACCACUUUAUGUCAUGCCAGGACAGGAGAUAACUGGACGGCUUCACCUAGUUGCCCAUAAGGCACAGAGUUAUACCAUUUAUCUAACAUUGUCAGCUCUUGUUGGAGAUAUGCUCCAAACAUCAUAUGUUAAACUUGAUCUGAAGGAACCGUAUUACCGGAUGUCCCAGCCCCAGGCAUAUUCAGCAGCACAAGAUCAACAACCUAAUCAGCUAUUACAAUCUCAGGACACGCAAUUUCCAUCGCGAGAUGAAGAUGGAUCGAUCCUGAUGGAACCGCUCUCUCCUAAUCCCGAGAUACAUUCACUCUGAUAGUAAAAUCCAUCUCUGCGAGAUGUGCGUCGCGAUGUGCUCUUGCACCUGUGACAUCAUUAGUGCUUGAAGCUAAGCUUAAGCAUGCAUGUUUAUGUUAUAUUCCAAGUUUUGAAUUGAAUGAUUUAACAUCAAGUACAUCUUUCUCAAUUAGCAGCACUGGCAGACUCCAUAUUCAAAUGCUUCUAAAUUAAAUUUGAUAUGCAGAAAUGUAAGGUAA